CUGAUCAGCCUGGCACAACAGAUGCAACAAGUGGAACUACUGAGGGCACCCAAACAACUGAUCAGCCUGGCACAACUCAUGCAACAAGUGAACCAACUGAGGGCACUCCCAUAACUGAUAAGCCUGGCACAACUGAGGCUACAACUGUACCUCCAACUACACCACCUAUCACUCCAACAACUCAACCAACUACCCAAUCCACUACUCGUAAGCCUUUAAUUUGCCAAAACGGAGGAAUUGACAAUGGUCACAACUGCUCAUGUCUCAUUGGAUUUAAUGGACCUGUCUGUGAACAUGUUGAAGUUGCUGUUGAGCCAGAUACAAUCAACAGAACAGUUGUGGUUAAUAUAGACAUCAAUGAGGAAUAUAUUGAUGAAUAUGAGGAUGAGGCAUCACAGGAAUACAAAGAAUUUGUUGGAAACUUCACCAGCCAGAUGGAGGAAUAUUACAAAACAAGGAUAGAAAAUGUUAAAGAAGUGGUGGUCAUAAGUGUCAGCCCAGGAAGCCCAUUGGGCAGAUUAUCAACCAACACUGUGGAAGAGAUACAAUUAAGGGUUGAAGGCACAGAUCUCACACCAACAAGAGUCGGUGUUAAUGUCAAACAUGAUGUCAUCCUGGCAAUUCCAAAUAACCCUGAUUAUGAGGAUAUAUAUGUGAAUAAUACUGAAGAAAUUACGGAGGCUGUUGGUGACCUUGUUGGCUGCACUCUAGACUGCCCAAGUUUUAAUGUCACAGUGAAGCCGACAGUGACGCCUACAGAACCAGAUCUUCAAUCGGUCUGUGAAAGGCUGAAUGAGGAUGCAGAUGUGACUGAUUUCUACCAGGCUGCGGAGGUUAAUAAUAAGGUAACCUGUGUGACUGCCUGCCAUCCGAAACACGACAAGCAUAAAACAUGCUACAACAAGGGAGUGUGCAAAGUGUUUAAAGCCACCGGGCCGCUCUGCCAUUGUGUGGACUUGUCCUCCACCUGGUACCUGAGCGAUGACUGCAGACUGCCCAUACAUAGGACGGCGUUCUUUGCCGGGCUGAGUGUGACGCUCACUGUUCUCUUGGUGCUGGUGGGAGUCCUGGCGGCGUUCGUAUUAAGGAACAAACAGAGGAGAUACAAAGACAUAAAAGACCAGCUGGUGAAUCAGUGGCUGAACGAGGACUUUGAGUGGUCCAGAUCAAACAUUGACGAAGUUUACGGAAACCCCACAUUCACUCAGAGCGAAGCAACCGUCCACUUAGAGGACCUAGAUGCUUACAGACAACCUCUACCUGCCUACCAGCCGACGCGUCCAUCUUCACAGAUUGACUACAGACAGUCAGCGGGCAUGUUCCCCCCGUCACGACAAGCUCACAGACACAUCACUCCUUCUAAUAUUUCUGGAUACUCACAGUCUGCUGGUCCCGUCAACUCAGAAACUCAGUCAACCAGCCGAUGAGGAUCAACAGGCCUCAGAUCAGGACGUCCUUGGAUGUCUGAGUGGCACACCAAGAAACUUUGUCUUAGAAAAUAUAACUGUAAAUAAACAAAGAGUUAUUUAAGUGCCUUAGAAAAAGAAAUGAAAAAGAAACCAAGAAAACAUGAAAAAUGAUUUGCAGUGGUCAAAAAACAAAUUCACAGUCUAUAGAUCUCAUCUGAGCUGCAGCAGAUCUGCAGGAGUGACGAUUAUUUAUUUUUCAUUCAUCAUCAUGAGUAACUCUUUUCCAAUUACACACCGCCAUUUGAAGUAUUUAAAAAAAAAUGAAAGAAUACACAUCAAUAUUUUGAGUUGCUUAGUGCUGUGCUCAUGUUGGAUUAGUGUUGAGUGUGUUGUAAGUAUUAUAACCGCUAGUACAGUCAAGACCUACUCUUUCUGUCAAGCGUCUGCUGCUAACAUUUGUUAUGAUUUGGUGCAACCGAUCACAAUCGAUAUCUGAUGUUAAAAUGUGUCUGCACUUGUUCAAGUUUACCAAAGAGAGGCAGUUGUUAUUAUUUGUAGUAUUAUUAGGCUACAAAUUAGUUUUUGAAUAUUGUAAUUUAUUUUAUUUCUAUUUACAUGUUAAUUGACCAGGUUUGACACAUUCAGAUUAAAGAUCUCUUUAACAAGGAGACCUGGCAGCAAUUCAAAGUUACAAUGAUAAGUAACAUUAAGGCCAUCAGAUCAGAAAAAAUAAGAAGCUGUUUGUAAAUCUGUGCCAAUUGAGGGGUAAACUUUGCAAGUUACUUAAACUGUGUGCAUUGUUUCAUAAACAUUGUGCACAGAUUCAUAUAAUCUGCUACUGUUCUGUAAACUGUGUGCAUUCAUUUAGAGCCCGGAUUUAUGCACGGAUUUGUAAACUGUGCAAGGAUUUGGGCAAUCUGUGCUAUCAGCCACUGAUAGCAGAUCUGAUUUUAAGCCUCGCACAUGGAUUUGUGAACCGUGGGAACUGAUUUACAAACAGCUUUUUUUUCUUAACUGAGCUUUCAGGGGCUCAGUAUCCCGUGGAAGUUUUUGGCAGCAACACUUUCUUCCCUAAUUUAUUUCCAUUUUUUAGAAUAACAAAUGGCCAAGAGUCCAAAGAACAAAGGUAUUAAUUACCAUCCUUCAAGAUUCAGAAAGAGACUCAACUCCCCCCCCCCCACCCCCCCCCCUACACACACACACACACACACACACACUAUAAAAGCCAUGGAUUUUAGUACAUCAUUAUUUUCAAAGCCAAAAUUCCUUGUAAGUCAUCAUUCUUGGGUUCAAUGUUGUUUACAAGUCACAUAAACUGCUUUGAACUAAAAGUAUUCCAAACUCUGCUAUUCGUCGUUAUGCUGAUGACUCUCUCUUUUACUGAUCUAUACUCGCUUCUCUUCAGUAUGCAUUUGAAACUGCAACUUGUCUCUCUCCUCUAUCAAAAGUUUGAUGAUUUAGAAAUCAAUCACAAAAAAACUAAAUAAACACACGAGCUGGUUAUUAGGAUCAUGUUUUAAUGUGCAGAUUUGACUUUGCAAUAAAGUCUCAACCGUAGUGAUGAAAAAUGCAAAACAGAGGGUGUACAUACACUGUGCAUCCACUGAGGGGCGCUGUAUCAUUAUUUUGAUGCAGCUUCACUAUGAUGAAGGAUUGUGAGUCAAACUGAUGUUCACUCACUCAAAAGCUUUACUUUGACAACUGUUCCUUUAAAUAUAAGCACAAAUAAAUAAUGUAAUAAGAUGAAUCUGUAUUAUUAUUUAUCAUUAAAGAUUACUGACAGGAAAACCUGUUCAUUUAUAUCUCUCUGACCCCAUCUUUGGUUUAAUUUGACUGAAAUCAGCUGCAUACGUAAAUGUAUGAAAUGAAAUACCACUGACAAAGUGAUUCACAUCUUUAUUCAGCAGAACGAGCAUUAAAACAUCAUCAUCAAAUAUGUAGCAUAGACACUCGAUCUGUGUUAACCUGUGUCCAAAGAAUAAACUGUGCAGACAAAAGAUGGAUUUGAAGGAGUGGGAACUAA